AUGGCGGAUAGGAAAGGUGGAAAGCAAGCAACACUGGGGUAUGUCAGAGAUUCACAAUCGACGAUCGGGAAGUUCUUUGGCUCCAGUGCAGCUUCGAAGGAUGCGCCUAAGAGACAGACUACGCUGUCAUUUUCAAAUAAUAGAAAGAAAGAAAAGGACGGAGCUCCCCAAGAUGCUGAAGAGGCAGUCGCUACGGAGACUAAGGUCGAUGAGAAUGCGACGAAUGGAACCAAUGAUGUGAAAAUGGAAGAUGAGAUUGCGCCCGUGGAUGCUGUUUCUUCAUCCCCAGAGAAGGGCGUCAAGAGAGAAAAGAGCGCCGACGAAGAGAGCGAAGAAUCAGAUAUUCAACCUGCGACUAAGCGCCGGAGAAAGAGCCCAGAAGGUCGCCGAAGAAAUGGACGGAAGUCUUCACCAGCUGCUGAAAAGGCCGCCACGUCUCCAAAGAGGACUGUCAAAGCCACUACCACUGAGAAGGCUGUUGAAAAGGCCUCAGGCGAGGUGACCCCAGUGGAAGAAAGAGAAGAGAUAUCAGAGGUAGAGCAGGGCGAAGAACAAUCCGUAAGUGAAGAAGAGGAGGAAGAGAAGCCAGAGCUGAAAAAGAAAGAGAUCGAAAAGGUCCAGGCUACCUUGAAGAGCACUGGAAAUGACCCCUAUCCCGAUUGGAAGCCAGGUGAACCCGUUCCUUACGCCGCUCUUUGUACAACUUUCUCUCUCAUUGAAAUGACUACGAAGCGUCUGAUUAUUUUAGCGCACUGUUCGCUGUUCUUGCGACAAGUGCUGCGACUUACCCCCAAUGACCUGCUUCCCACUGUGCAGCUUAUGAUCAAUAAGCUCGCAGCGGACUACGCCGGUAUUGAGCUGGGAAUCGGAGAAUCGUUGAUCAUGAAAGCCAUCGGCGAAAGUACCGGAAGAAGUCUAAAAGUUAUCAAGGCAGAUCAACAUGAGAUCGGAGAUCUUGGACUGGUAGCUGCAAAAAGCAGAUCGAACCAGCCUACCAUGUUCAAACCGAAGCCGCUCACUGUGAGAGGCGUACACGAAGGCCUCCUUGCUAUUGCCAAGGUACAAGGCCAUGGUGCCCAGGACAAGAAGAUAUCUGGUAUCAAGAAGCUCUUGUCGGCAGCUGAUGCUGCUACCGCUGGAAAGGGCAGUGCUGGUAUUGACAUCACGAAGAACAAGGGCGGACCCAGCGAGGCAAAGUAUAUUGUUAGAUUCCUCGAAGGAAAGCUACGAUUGGGCUUGGCUGAGAGGACCGUUCUCGUGGCUCUUGCCCAGGCGGUGGUCGCCCACGAAGCGGCUCUCAAAGGAGAGAAGCCCCCGAGUGCCGAGAAACUGGCCGAAGGAGAAGCUGUUCUGAAGACUGUUUACAGUGAGCUUCCUUCCUACGAGGUCAUUAUCCCUGCCAUGCUCGAGCACGGGAUCUUCAAGCUUCCCGAAGUUUGCAAACUGCAGCCAGGCGUUCCCCUCAAGCCUAUGCUUGCUAAGCCGACGAAGUCUAUCACUGAAGUUCUGGAUCGUUUCGAAGGCAAGGACUUUACUUGCGAGUACAAGUACGAUGGAGAGAGAGCACAGAUCCACUAUGUCUCCGGCGAUAGUAUUCAUGAGUAUCCCGGCGCAACGACUUCUUUGAAGAAGGAUGGGAAAGGGCUGUGUGCAAUCUUCUCUCGAAACUCAGAGGAUCUAUCAAAGAAAUAUCCAGACAUCCUGGAGAAGUUGGAGUCCUGGAUCAAGCCGGGGACGAAAAGUUUUGUCGUUGACUGCGAGACUGUUGCUUGGGAUAUGGUCAACAAAAAGGUCCUGCCCUUCCAACAGCUGAUGACAAGGAAGCGGAAAGACGUCAAGGCGGAGGAUGUGAAGGUCAAGGUCUGCGUGUUUGCGUUCGAUCUGCUGUUUUUGAAUGGAGAGCCAACGGUCAAGAAAACGCUGCGCGAGCGUCGUGCCCUUUUGCACGAUACCUUCCAGCCUGUCGAAGGCGAGUUUGCUUUCGCUCAGUAUGGGAACACAAAUGAACUCGAGGAGAUCCAAAGCCUUCUGGACGAAAGCGUAAAGGCCUCGUGCGAAGGACUGAUGGUGAAGAUGCUGGAUACUGAUGAGAGUGGCUACGAGCCUAGCAAGCGGAGUCGAAACUGGCUAAAGGUCAAGAAAGACUACCUUGCUGGAAUCGGUGAUUCCCUGGACCUGGUGGUUCUGGGCGCCUACUUUGGCCGUGGUAAACGAACCUCUGUAUACGGUGCCUUCCUUCUCGCAGCCUACAACCCAAAUACACAAAAUUACGAAACAAUCUGCAACAUCGGUACGGGCUUUUCGGAAGCUCUCCUCGAAGAGCUCCAUAAGGAACUCUCCCCACUCGUCAUCGACCGACCAAAGCCAUUCUACUCCCACUCUAACGUCCCCAAGGACCAGCCAGACGUGUGGUUCGAACCUCGACUCGUGUGGGAGGUCAAGGCCGCCGACCUAACUCUUAGUCCAAGGUACAAGGCCGCAGCAGACGAAGUCAUGGGAACAACCGGCGGCGGCAAGGGUAUCUCACUCCGGUUCCCGCGAUAUAUCAAGGCCCGUGACGACAAGAAACCCGAGCAGGCAACUACCACGAGGGCCGUCGCAGAGAUGUACCAAAAGCAGGAGAGCGUGGCGAAAGAGAACGCUGGAAAGGGCGGUGUUGAUGAUGAUUUCGAGUACUAG